GAAGACGAUUCCUUGUUGGCUUCUGUCGCGAGUAGUCGGCACCAGCUAUCGUUUCCUUAUUUGUGGGUUAAAACUACAUACCAAAAGCUAACUUGCUGACAGACCUUUUAUGAGUGUUUUUUUUUAAGGUGUCAUAUUUUCCUGUAAGGGAUUUUGAAAGUUUGUUGAUCUCUAUAAGAAGUUAAACUGGUGGAUUGUCGCGGCGCGCUGAGGCGCUGAGUUCCAGGAUGAACUUCGGUCUGGCGUUCAUUAAUUUGGUUUUGGCUCUGCUGUCCUCGUGGCCGGAGAGCGGUUCUGCGGAGCUGAGCGUGGCCUCCCAGUGGGCCGGGGAUGUCCGAAACCGCACGCAGGUCAGCAGACACAGAACCUGCGUGGAGAACCAGCAGUACCUGCACCAGGGCCUCUGCUGCCUCAAUUGCCAGGCCGGUACCUAUGUGGAGAAAGCCUGCGAGGGAGACCUGGAGCUGGGCAGCUGUCUUGCUUGUCAGCACGGCCAGACCUACACGGAACACUCCAAUGGGAUGAGCCGCUGCCUGCCCUGCAUUCACUGCCGCAACGACCAGAUCAAGACAAAGGACUGCACGGUGACCACAGACACACAGUGCAUGUGCAGGAGCGGCUAUUUCUGUGUUCCCGAGCAAGCCUGCGAGGUCUGCAAGAAAUGUGCCAAGUGCAAAACGGGAGAGGAGGAAGUCGCAAAAUGCACCUCCAUCUCCAACACCGUGUGUCGGAAACGGGACCCAUCUCCCUCCCUCCGCCCCACCGACCCCCCUCCCAGCUCGUCCACCUCCCCAGAGACCAUAGCCGUCCCUGUGGUCUUGGUGCUUUUAUUCCUGGUCAUUGUCCUCUGCGUCGGUGUUUGGUUUCUGAAAAAACGCUUUUGCGUGAGCCCAUGUUCACAGAGUCAGUGUGACUCCAGUGAGAUUGUCAAAAUUCCCAUUGGUGAGAGCGCUCCCACAGCAGAGGAGAGGCAGAACUGCCAGAACGCCGGUCUGGAGGGGAAGGAGGUGCGCUCCGAGUUCAGGCCCCUCCUGCAGGAGACAGGGCAGGCUGGGCUGAGCAAGGCCUCCCCUCCCCUGGAGGAUGAGGACCGGGGCCUGGGAGACAGCCUGCCCAACACCACCAGCUCCUCCCAGACCAGCCUGUCCACCAUGCCCAUCAACACCACCUCCUCGGGCUCCGGAAACUCCCCCAGACCGAGCCCCUCCACCAGGCCCAGACUGACACCUGAAGUCGGGGAUGAUCCUCUGCAGAGCAAGCUGGUGCCCCUCCAAGGAGAGGAAACGUCUCUGAAGGCCAGUUUCGACCUCUUCGACAAGCACCUGGAGGUGCAGAUCCACAACAAGUUCUUCCGGUCCAUCGGGGUGAACGACAACCACAUCCGUAUCGCGGAGAGCGCCCACCCCAGCGACAAGGUCUACGAGCUGCUGAAGAGCUGGAUGCAGAGAGAGGGCCUGAAGGCCGACAUCAACGCCCUGCUCCAGGCCCUGCUCACCCUGGACCAGAGGAGGUCGGCGGAGAGCAUUGCCGUGGAGGCCAUCCAGCGAGGCUUCUACAGGCAUGCUGACGCGCCGCCGACCCGCCCCUCAGGGGGGGCGCUGCAGAAGAGAUGAGCGGCGCGGACGAAACCAAAACAAACACGAAAAAAGACGAACAAAGAACGUUUUAGAGAGGACGGAAACCGGAACAGACUUUGUUUAUGUGGUCUUGCGAGGUGGCGUUGGCAGCUGAAAGAGAAGCGGGCCAAGCGUCGAGUUUGGCCCAGGUGGUCCAGUGCCUUCAGGAAAAUACGAAACACGAAAAAUAUGAAUGCGUGUGAGAUGGAUGUUGGCCCCAUCGUGUUCACUUUGCCAAAGCGGCUUGGUGUUUUAUCCACGAUUGCCAAUUAAUUUUCUUGUAUUUUUUGCUUGUUUUGAAACAUGAAUGCAUGGGUUAUCCAUCUCACCGUUUUACACACAAAUGGUUUUCUUUCAAAAAGCUUAAAGGGUCAUGUGUUUUGCCCUUAAUAACGUAUGGCUUUAAAGCUAAAUACAUAAAGCUGAAGUAAAAAAACAAAAACAAAAAAAAAUUACAUAUGGAGGAGUUGACCCUGAUCUUAAGAUGGCGUCAUCGCCAUAUCUUUGGUAUUCCAAGUGUCAGCUGGGUGCAAGUGAACCUACAUUUCUCCCCGGCCACUGUUCUGUACCAUGAGACAGGGAUAUUACACUGGCAUUAGCUGUGUCACUGAAACUGCAUGCAUCUCCUCGAUGCACAGGCCUGUGGCACAUGUAGGUUCUAGAACUACAGUACAGGUAGCACAUGCUCAUUGGCAUGUGUACUGUUUAACUCGACAGGCAGAGAAAUGCAGUGUUAGCCGUACGCAUUCUGCUGUUGACCUGUAGCUUACAGGAAAACAUGGACCUUAUUAUGAUGGCUUAAAAUGCAGGCUUCUAGGUAAAAACAAGCAAACCUCAUUUUGCCAUAGUUCAACAUGGUCCACUUUGAUAUUUACAUGCUUUUGUGUGUAAAUCUGGUCAAUAAGUCAUGAGGUUGGUGGCUGGACUGAAUGUUUGUAGACAUCCUUCCUAGGUCUUUUCUAUGUUCAGUGUUAUUACUCACCCCACACAUUUAGUAUGGAGUUGUCAGUAGUUAUUUCUUUUACAAAAGACUGUCAAUGGGUUUAGUCAAAUAUAUUUCUCCAGAACAUCCUCAGAACAAUUGGAGCCUUUUUAGUUCCAUUGUUUUAUUUAUUGACGUAUUUAUUUUUACAUGGAUGCUAAUUAUGUGUGAUUAUUUAUAACCAUAACGGCCCUGGAAAAUAUAAGCACAGGUCAAUUUUGUUUUUUGACUAUGCACGUUAGCCACAGGGUGGAAUAGCCGCGAUCAGAUCAACAGGUGUAGCUUAAAACUGCGGUAUUGAGUUCGAGUCCCUUCAUGCCUGACGCGCUGAUGGGAGAGUUCGGUUCAGCGAGGCGGUGGAGCAGUGAUACCAGCACUGUACAGUGACGGUAUCACGAACAAGCAAAGCGGCCAUGAAUAUUCAAGUCGUGUCCCCUGUUGAGUCAAAUCGGGCAUGUGUCAGUGGAUAUGUGUGGCUUGAGGGGGUGGGGGUCGUCCUGUUUGUGCCCCUUUUCGUGCGUCAACCACGACACGUAACCAUAGGUACGCUAUCAUGGUGUUUUCUCAAAGAUGAAGGAAAUAUUUUCUGGAUAUCAAAGGUAUUUUUUUGUACCUUCGGUCCUUUGUGUAAACAUUUCCACCAAGCAAUAUGCUUAUAAAAAAAGUGGAUUUAUUAGAAAAAAGAAGGAUUAAAUGAAGAUAAAAACUAACAGACACGUCAACGUAAGAGGUAGAUCCGUAGCCCUAAACACUAGCAUAUUAUACUAGGCGUAAAAACCAAGUUUAGACCUUUUUUAUGCAGGGAAGAAAGCACACGAUGUAAAGAGGAAAGAAUUCUAUUUUAUAGCAAAAAAUUACAGUGCUGGCACUGCCAUCUAUUGACUGACAAUGAAUAAAAGUCUGCAUCGAUUUCUACGGGCCCUAUUUUGUCUUUAGCUUCUUAACGCUUAACAUGUCCUUUCAAACACAAUUUUUCCGUUGAAACUGUCUGAUGCUUUUUAUAUUAAGUAUGAAUUGGCUUCCGUUAAUUGUCUCAACUUUGCUUGGUUUGGUCACGACAGUUGAUCCAAGAUUGUACUUUCUUUUUUUUUUUAUACUGUAACAUGCAAGUCUCACGUUCUUCUCGUAUUUUCACUCUAGCUUUACUUGUUUGCUUUUAUUUCAUAUGUUAAGACUUAACACUACUUUUACGUCAGUCUUUUUCUCCCUUCGACAAUUGUUUGCUUGUUUAUGGAUUUUAAAUGCAAAUAUGGAAAGGCAUAAGUGUAUUUAGCCCAUUUUAAUUAAAGGUUUUGUACAUAC